CACUCGAGGCGGACGCGGCUCUUGGCUCUGGGUAGUAGCUGGCGAGCUUCUCGGAGAUUUCUGGCCCCCCAGUAAGAUCACGGACCCCAGAGAAGCCGAUUGUUUCUCUUUAUUCCGAAGCUUAACAUUGUUUGCUGAGUGCAAGAAGAUGUUUCUUUGGCUCUUUCUGAUUUUGUCAGCCCUGAUUUCAUCGACAAAUGCAGAUUCUGACAUAUCGGUGGAAAUUUGCAAUGUGUGCUCCUGCGUGUCAGUUGAGAAUGUGCUCUAUGUCAACUGUGAGAAGGUUUCUGUCUACAGGCCAAACCAGUUGAAACCACCUUGGUCUAAUUUUUAUCAUCUCAAUUUCCAAAACAAUUUCUUAAAUAUCCUCUAUCCAAGUACAUUCGUGAAUUUUUCACAUGCAGUCUCUCUGCAGCUGGGAAAUAAUAAACUGCAGAAUAUAGAGGGAGGAGCCUUCCUUGGGCUUAGUGCAUUAAAGCAGUUGCACUUGAACAACAAUGAAUUAAAGAUUCUCCGAGCUGACACUUUCCUUGGCAUAGAGAACUUGGAGUAUCUCCAAGCUGACUACAAUUUAAUCAAGUAUAUUGAACGGGGAGCCUUCAAUAAGCUCCACAAACUGAAAGUUCUCAUUCUUAAUGACAACCUGAUUUCAUUCCUUCCUGAUAAUAUCUUCCGAUUUGCAUCUUUGACCCAUCUGGAUAUUCGGGGGAACAGAAUCCAGAAGCUCCCCUAUAUCGGAGUUCUGGAGCACAUAGGCCGCGUUGUGGAAUUGCAGCUGGAAGAUAACCCUUGGAACUGUAGCUGUGAUCUCCUGCCUUUGAAAGCUUGGCUGGAGAACAUGCCAUAUAACAUUUACAUCGGAGAAGCUAUCUGUGAAACUCCCAGUGACUUAUAUGGCAGGCUAUUAAAAGAAACCAACAAGCAAGAAUUAUGUCCCAUGGGAACAGGUAGUGAUUUUGAUGUCCGAAUCCUGCCUCCAUCUCAGCUGGAAAAUGGCUACACCACUCCCAACGGUCACACCACCCAAACCUCCAUCCACAGAUUAGUGACCAAGCCCCCGAAAACAACAAAUCCUUCCAAGAUCUCUGGCAUCGUGGCUGGCAAAGCCCUCUCCAAUCGCAAUCUGAGUCAGAUUGUGUCUUACCAGACACGGGUUCCUCCACUCACACCUUGUCCAGCACCGUGCUUUUGCAAAACACACCCUUCAGAUUUGGGGCUGAGUGUGAACUGCCAAGAGAAAAAUAUACAAUCUUUGUCUGAAUUGACACCAAAACCUUUAAAUGCCAAGAAGUUGCAUGUCAACGGCAAUAGCAUCAAAGAUGUGGACCUUUCAGACUUUGCCGAAUUUGAAGGACUAGAUUUGCUUCAUUUAGGAAGCAAUCAGAUCACGGCCAUCAAAAGUGAUGUUUUCCACAAUCUCACUAACUUGCGCAGAUUAUAUCUCAAUGGCAAUCAGAUAGAAAGACUCUACCCUGAAAUAUUUUCUGGCCUCCAUAACCUGCAGUAUCUGUACUUGGAAUACAAUUUGAUUAAGGAAAUCUUAGCUGGCACUUUUGACUCAAUGCCAAAUUUGCAGUUGCUCUACCUAAAUAAUAAUCUCUUAAAGAGCCUGCCAGUUUACAUUUUUUCUGGAGCACCCCUUGCGAGACUGAACCUGAGGAACAACAAAUUCAUGUAUCUACCUGUCAGUGGGGUCCUUGAUCAGCUUCAGUCCCUCACUCAAAUUGACUUGGAGGGCAAUCCUUGGGACUGCACGUGUGAUUUGGUGGCAUUAAAGCUGUGGCUGGAGAAAUUGAAUGAUGGGAUUGUCGUAAAAGAACUGAAAUGUGAGACUCCUGUGCAGUUUGCCAACAUUGAGCUAAAGUCGCUCAAAAAUGAAAUCUUAUGUCCAAAACUCUUAAACAAGCCAUCGGCAUCAUUCACCAGCCCUGCGCCAGUCAUCACAUUCACCACCCCACUGGGCCCCAUUCGAAGUCCUCCCGGUGGCCCAGUGCCUCUGUCUAUCUUAAUCUUAAGCAUUUUAGUGGUCCUUAUUCUUACCGUGUUUGUUGCGUUUUGCCUUCUCGUUUUUGUGCUGCGACGCAACAAGAAGCCUACCGCCAAGCACGAAGGGCUGGGGAAUCCAGAAUGUGGUUCUAUGCCACUGCAGCUGAGGAAGCAUGACCACAAAACAACCAAAAAGGACAGCCUGAGCACAGAAGCUUUUAUUCCCCAAACCAUCGAACAGAUGAGUAAGAGCCACACCUGUGGCUUGAAAGAGUCUGAAACCGGAUUCAUGUUUUCUGAUCCCCCAGGACAGAAAGUCAUUAUGAGAAACGUGGCCGACAAGGAGAAAGAUUUGUUACACGUGGAUACGCGGAAGAGACUGAGCACAAUUGACGAGCUGGAUGAAUUAUUCCCAAGCCGGGAUUCCAAUGUGUUUAUUCAGAAUUUUCUGGAGAACAAAAAGGAGUACAAUAGCAUAGGUGUCAGUGGCUUUGAGAUCCGUUAUCCAGAAAAACAACAAGACAAAAAAAACAAGAAGUCAUUGAUAGGCGGCAACCACAGUAAAAUUGUGGUGGAGCAAAGGAAGAGCAGUGAGUAUUUUGAACUGAAAGCCAAACUCCAGAGUUCUCCUGAUUACCUACAGGUCCUUGAGGAACAAACAGCUUUGAACAAGAUCUAGGUCAUGCAAUGUGACUACAUACAGAGGACAUUUAUUUAAUGAUGAAAGUGCCUUUUGUUGACUUGUUACGUCCAAAUACUAUAUUAUCAAUAGGCAUAGAGGCAGGUGUUUCCAAGGGUGUCUCAUUAACUGUAGCUGCAAAGAUGUGUCCAGUAGAAGAGAAUUUCCUUAAUAGAUUUUCCUACAUAAAACCUAUACUGUGGAGUCCUGUGGGGAUACUGCAAACUCUAUUGCCAAAGGGAUGCUUUAUAUACAUAACACUCUGACUUUAACCUCAAGAGGCAAAUUUGUUUUGUACCCCAAUGCAAAACCUUCGUCUCUUUGUGCUUUGUAAAGCAAACUCAAGAAAACUGGUACCCGUAUUUGUACCUUAGCUGGGUCCUUCACCUUGCACGUAGAUUAAGUUGGUGGAACUGGAGUAAUCCUUUUGAUUUGUGGCAUUGUAACAACUCUGUGUAAAGAUUAUCUGAAAAGUAAAAAAAAAAAAAAGCAUGCAAAGAGAGAACAUUCGAUAGUAUUUGUAAAUCGGUAACCUUUAUGGCCUGCAUCUUGAAACCGCUGGAUUUAUAAUGUUAAAUUGUGCAAAUAUUUGUUUAAAAUAUAUCAUGCAUUACAUAACUAUAAAAUAAAUUUGAACACUUUAAGCA